CGGUAUUAUCGGCAAGUUAACGGUGUUGCUAUGGGUACUAAGAUGGGCCCUAGUUAUGCCAAUUUGUUUGUUGGWUAUAUCGAAAACCUUGUUUUUCAACAAUAUACUGGGCCUAAACCUGAGUUUUUUGGACGGUAUAUUGAUGAUUGUAUUGGUGCUACUUCUUGUUCACGUAAUGACUUAGAUGCUUUCAUCUCUUUUGUUAACUCUUUUCACCCUGCCUUAGACUUUACGUGGGAGGUUAGUGAAACAUCAGUCACUUUCCUUGACAUCUUGCUUAGUGUUAAUGACGACCGUCUUAGCACUAGUGUCUACUACAAACCUACUGACUCUCAUUCUUAUUUACUCUACUCGUCUUCUCAUCCUAAGCACACYCUUAACGCUAUUCCGUUCUCGCAAUUUCUUCGUCUUCRUCGUUUGUGUAGUGAUGAUCUUGAUUUUUCUGUUAAAUGUUCUGAGAUGCGUUCCUUCUUCCUCAAGCGUAAUUAUCCUGCUCGUGUUAUUGAUCACGCCAUUCGUAAAGUUUCUACUAUUGAUCGUACCACCGCUCUCACUCCUCACACUCGUCCCUCUAAU